AUGAGGAAUCUCAGGAAGAGUCUUCUCCUGAUUCUACUCAGUUUUAGCAUCCUUAUCCAGAAUUAUAAACCGGUUUCAGGCUUAUUGUGUCUGGGUACCACGGCACUUAGUACAAUUUGUCUCGCUCCCCUAAUGUGGAGGGGAAUGAAGCAAAUUGGCUACUUUUUUGGUUCAGUGGGUUAUUUAUUUCAAGUUAAAUGUGGAAAUUAUAAAAAAUAUUGCACAACUGAUGAUAUAGUAGCUGGUAAAUAUGUUAAACUUGACCUCGCUAGUAAAGAGCACGGCAGGUUUAUAACAGUUACUGAUUUAGAUGAUGAUAAAACCAAUAUGAGAACAAAAAUAAAGUUAUAUGAGGUCAAAUCUACCGAGAAAGAAGAUUAUAGCAAAUACACAAUUGGAUGUGUAAAUUUUUAUUGCAGGAAAUUACAGUGUGACCUAAAAUAUACCUAUCGAACAGUUUUAACAUAUGUAGACGAAAAGAAUCGGAAAUGCAUUCAGAUAGAAUCAUUUAACCAGGAUGGCAAUAGGAUAAUGAGACGAAUUUUUAGAGAAAGGUCAUGUGCGUGGUGGUAUGAUAGAAUACUAAAUGAAAAGGAAACAUUUCUAAAAUCAUUUAUUAAUUUUAAUUGGUCUAAAUUUAACCAAGAUAAAACGAUAUUUAAACUAAAUAUAUAUCUCUUAUCGCUUCCUCCCUUUAUAUCGAGGGUUAGGUUUUCAAAAGGUUAUUAUUAUUAUUUAAAGGCCGAAAAUGGUAAAAUUACUAAUUUGAGUGAAGUUAUUUUCUCAGACACUCCUUUCACUAUUUCAAAAGGUUUCAACGAUUUAAUUGUUUGGCAUUAUUGUACUGAAACCGAUGGUAAAAUUAACACAUCUUACGUAGUUAUUUGCCAACUUAUAGGUACUGGUUGGACUUGUAGUUAUAAUAAAUGUAUCUCUCAAGAUCGAAAAGAGUUUAAAAGUUAUGAGUCAUUUGGCAUUCCCUUUGAUCAAAAUGUUAGUAUUGGGACUCCAGGUAGUGAUUCUCCACCUGUUUCGUCUAGAAAUUACAACAAAUUUAGGCUAAAUUUUGAUUUACAUAAUAAAAAUGUACCAGAUAAUAUUGAUAAACUGAGUUUACACUUGUAUACACAGUCAGAUCACUAUACACUGAGGCCAAGGGAAUUAAACACUACCAACUUAAUGGAAUAUGUCCAAAUUCAUCAUGCUAAGGGUAACACAAUUUUAAAACACGAGCCAAUAGAUAGCUUUCAACUAUUAAGCGUUAAAAAAUAUGGUGAUGAAUAUUUUCUAAGUUUUUCAGCCUUGGGUUAUGAAACCAUUGGAUUUCAUACUAUAAAUAUGGAGAAACCUAACUCUACAAAGAGUGAAUAUAAUGAUACAAUCGAGUGGUUUUACGAAACAAAUACCAGAUCAUUUAUGGAAAAUUUCUUAUCGCCUCAUUAUAUGAUUUUUUCGUUCCUUAAGGAUAACCAAAGCUCAGGUGAAGGAUCAAAUGAAGAAAAAUAUCCAAAUUUAGAAUUUAUGGAGUUAGAUUUAAAACAAUUGGAUAAAGGUCAUAUUUUAGUAGCAAAAUACAAUGAUCAUGUAACUGUUUAUUCAAGUUUGUAUUCAAAGUACAACGUAUUCAAAAAGCUAAAACUAGACUCUCAGACACUUGACAUACCUUUUGAUUUCAACUCUCAAGUUUUUUAUUGUGAAGGUCAAAACUCAAAGUUUGUAGUAAUUUCUCAUAUAAAUAAAGAUUUAACAAUUUUUAAACAGAAGGCUUCUCACGAGUUUGAAAUUACUCCAACUAAUAAAAUGGGAGAAGACAUCUCUAAUGUAAAUUUAAUUGAAGUUUUAAACCUGAAUAUUAACAAUGAAUGGAUAAAUCUCACGUUAAACCUAAACGACUCCUAUGUGUCUGACGAUAUUGAGGUUUUAAUACCAUCCUAUAAUGUUGUGGUUUUUAAGACUCAGUACGGAAAAAGAAUAGAGAAAGUUCUAACUAAAAAUAAGAUAUUUGAGAUCAAAAGCGGCUGGCCUUUAGUGUCCAAAAUUAUGUACAUGGAACAUACUUUUCUUUUAAUUGAUACAGUACUUAAAAAUGAGAUAAGAAGGGAGCUUUAUAAAAUAAACCAUAAAAAUGAUGAAGUAUUAUUAAUGUCUAACGCUAAAAUAGAAUAUUCAAUAAAUGAAUUAAAUCUAGAGUCUAUGGCAAAGAAGUUGUACGAUUCACUUCAUGAUUUAUACCCCAAUACUCUGCCUGUUAAAAUGAAUUUUGACUACCCCAAAAUUGAUGUAUGUGAAUUUGACGUUGAUAAUAUGACAGUUUAUUACUCAGACAAUGAUUUAAUUCUUAAUCCAGGUGAAUUGACUGCCUAUGAUAAUGAUUACAAAGUUCUUACCAAACAUAAAUGGAUGCAAAUUUUUAGACUAAAGGAUCAAAAUAACGAUUACCUCUACAAAAUUUUUAUGUUAUCUCAUAAAGGUAUUUAUUCUUUCUAUUGUCAUAAAGAUGAUAGUGGAUAUAAGGAAUUUAGACGUGAUAAUUAUGAAGAUAGUAGCGAGAGUAGUCAAACCCCUGAAAUCCCCUUACUAAUCGAAAGUGUGUACUUGCCAGGUAUUUCCGUUACAAAAACCAAGGUUGGUGCAAAUAUUAUAAAAAUUUACAAAUCUAGUACUAAAGUGUUAAACCCGAUCAUCUUUGGAAGGCAUGAAAUCAAGCUUAUUGGUAGUUUUUCAAAAGUCGAUGUAACCAGGUCUAUUAACGGUAACCUUGUUUCAAUAAGUAUAGAGGCCAUGUUUUCUGAUAAUAAAAAGGGAACCUUGAUCUUUACUCAAAUUUCACCCAAUUCAGAUGAAUAUAAACUUGCCGAAGAUCCAAAAAUACCAUUCAUUGAUAAUUCGGUUGACAUGUUUGAGCGAACAAUGAAUCAAUCAGAACAGGAAGUUUUAGAUUUUAAUGAAGGAAAGUAUCCACUAGAUUUAAGGUAUAUGAUAUUGAAUGAUGAUUAUUACUACUUUACAGGAUAUACUAGGUCUAAAAAAUUUGAAAUAAAGUUUGGUGAACAAACUCAUACCAUUAACUGUCAAAAAACAAGAUAUCACAUCUGGGUCAGAUAUCCCUACUCAAAUGUUAAAACCUGUGUCUUUUUGAUGACGUACAAGUCAGCAGGUUCUCUGAAAACUGUAUCUCAAAAACACGAUAAUAGUGAUUCUACUUAUGAAAUUAAAAGACCAGGUGUUAGGAUUAACUGGGGAAUACUUUCUAACCUAGAAUCAUCAGUGGUAAAUCGAAACCUGUUAAGUAUGAUAGGAUAUAUAGAAGAGAUAUUUCCAAUAGAUUUAGUAAUAGACGGUACUGGAAUUGAUAGUUCAAUUUUGAAGCUGGAAAUAGACAAAAAUACAACUGUUUACACAACGAUUUCUAAAUCCAAACGUGUUAUCAACAACGUAAAGUACAAAACUGUUAUUAUCAAGGGGGUUCCUAAACAACUUGCUAAGCAGGUAUUUGUAUCGAAAAAUGAGUCAGAACUAUUAAUAGUAAUAGCAACUAAAACUGUCAACAAAUCUCUAGUAAAGGCCUACAAACUCAUGAGUGAUACCUUUGAAAUGCUAGACUUAAAGGAUAUUGACUACAAAUCGCACAAAGGACUUGAAAUUUUCAAAAAAUAA